AUGGCCGACAGCCAACGAACAGAACGCGCCGGCUCCUUCGCCUCGUCCUCCACCGAGACCGCGACUCUUCACGAGCUGACUAAAUUGGAUCCGAUGGAGGACAGCGUUCAGAACCUGAAGCAGAACGACGACGAGGAGAAGCUUGCAGAGGAAGACGAGAAGCUGCUGCCCAAGUCGAACGAGAAGGAAGAGCCUCCCAAGGCCAGCUUCAAAUCUGCCGUUGUGUGGAUGGUUGUCAACACCCUGGCAACGAUAGGAAUUGUCUUCACAAACAAGGCCAUCUUCUCCGAUCCGCAAUGGAAGCUUUGCCAGCUCACCUUUGCGAGUUUCCACUUCCUCGUAACCUUCCUGACGCUACACGUCCUCUCGCGGCCCACGUUCGCCUACUUCACCCCUCGCCGCGCUUCGAUCAGGGACCUCCUCCCGCUCUCCGUAGCCAUGUGCCUGAACGUCAUCCUCCCGAACCUCUCCCUGGCGUUCUCCUCCGUUACGUUCUACCAGAUUGCCCGUAUUCUCCUGACACCAACGGUUGCCCUGAUGAACUUUGUCUUGUACAAGGCGACGCUGCCCCGUAAUGCGAUCAUGGCUCUCAUCCCGGCCUGCCUCGGUGUUGGCAUGGUCUCCUACUACGAUUCGCUGCCGGCCGCGGACAGCAACGUCAAGACCACCUCCGGCCUGGGCGUUUUCUUUGCCUUCACUGGCAUCUUCGCCUCUUCUCUCUACACCGUCUGGAUCGCCAGCUACCACCGCAAGCUCCAGAUGUCCAGCAUGCAGCUUUUGUACAACCAGGCUCCUAUUGCCUCGUUCAUGCUGCUCUACGUUAUUCCAUUCGUUGACACCUUCCCCGACUGGAUGACCGUACCCAGCAACCGUUGGCUCAUGAUUGGCAUGUCUGGUGCCUUUGCCUCCCUCAUCAACAUUUCCCAGUUCUUCAUUAUCGCCCAGACUGGUCCUGUUUCAAGUACCGUCGUUGGUCACCUCAAGACCUGCACUAUUGUCGCUCUCGGCUGGAUGGUCUCGGGCCGUGCUAUUGGUGACAAGUCCGUUCUUGGUGUUUUUGUUGCCAUUGGCGGCAUCGUCGGAUACUCCGUAGUUAUGCUUCAGCACCAGAAGCAGCAGCGCAAGUAG